AUGGCCGUCCUCUCUUCACUGCUUCCAUUGAUGCUUCUUGGGCUUGCAAGUGCCCAGAUGACCAAAGAUCCACUUGUGAAAAAUGUCCGCGAUUUCGAUUCGACCUUUGACUCUGUUCUACCCAAACCGCAGAAAUAUACUUAUACAAAAUGGACUGAAGAUGAGAUCAACGGAGGGAUCCCGCCGCGUGAUACGUGGGGCCAAAGUUACUAUGAUAGCACGAGCCGGUUCUACUGCAAAGACGACUUUUCUGUUUACAAUGUUACUUACGCGGAUUGUCCUGAGCCAUGGCUUAUCGGUCACUGCGCCAAGGCAGAGAUGAACAGGGAAGCAACCUUUGAUUUGCUUGGCCGGCUCCCAUCAAGCGCCCGCGGUGUGAUCUCUGAUCUUCUCAACGCAAAUAUUGAACGUGGUUUGAGCUUUCGUUGGAAUGAAAAUCAUUCUGUGAUGUUUGGUGGAUAUUUCCGACCAGCUGAUGGCCUUAAAUCAGUGCUGACAGCGCUUUGGGUCGGUUCGCCUGGGGUUCCUUAUGACCCCUUUUUGAAAGCUGUCACUGCCGACACCUGUGUGGGUGAUGAAGACGCUGCGGCAUCUUUGAAGAGGGAUGGGUCAUUGGCAGGUGCAGUAGAAACAGCUUUCGCAAUUGCAGCAUAUAUGAAGCUUGUCAAAGGCAAUCCUCCAUUUGAUGCUAGCUGCAUGAGCAAUCAGCUCAAAAUUGUUAGACCCAUGUUGGAUGCGAGGUGGGAUGCUCCUGGCAAAUGCCCAAAUAAGGUAGCACCAGAACUCGCCAAGUACAAGUCUGUCCUAUUUCCAAAUGGGCUAGAAGUACUCAACAAAGACCCCGUCCCAGGCUCUAAAGCUAAAUCUGUUGUUCAAUGGGCAAAGUCUGAUGGUUACCCUGAAUUUUGCUGGAAUGAGGCCCGAGCACAGAGGUCGAAUGAUGACAAAAGACCCCGGUGCGAACCCGGCCGCCUCAAUGUUUACAAUGUCACCUAUGAAGACUGCCUUGACCAAGACCCCUGGGUGCUCUGUCAUUGUACUGAUGCACAGCAGACAUUGGAUGACAUGGUAGAGCGAGUUGGCAAGUUACCACCUGGACUACGGAGCUACAUGAUUCAUCUAGUUGCCUUUGAGAAUGACUCCGUUGGUGGAGGCACUGUGAUCCCUUGGAACAUGAUAAUGAUCUUUGGUGAGGCUCAAGAUAGUGUGUAUAUGCAUGAGGCUAGCCAUUGCAUUGAUGGAGGAUUUUACCAAAGUGAUGUCUUCCAAGCUGCCAAAGCAAAGGACUCUUGCUGGCCAACCUACUACUCCAAGACUGGAGAUAUGGAGCUCUUUGCUGAGAUUGGUGUGGCAUAUCUUUAUGACAGGAGCGGCAAGACACUUAUUCAGAGGGGAUAUGACCCAUCCUGUCUCUCUAACGGGCUUAAGGCACUUGAUGAGCAUGUUGGCCUUAACUUUCAACGGGAUGGCACCAAGUGUUUCAAGCGAAAACCAAAUUCCAAUGUGAUUCACCCGUCGGAUGCCGAACUACUGAGUCCGGAACCGUACAUCAGCACAGCCAUCAUUGAGGACUUCUCUAACCCUGGCGAUGAAUCUUCGCAAUUCUCCUCAUUUUCAGUUUGGGGAGAGUAUCCACGCAAAAUCCACGGGCACCAGAUCUAG